AUGGGUAGGUGGGCUUCUUUAGCAAUAUCAGUGAUGUCGGUAGGCCGACAACGUUCCAAAUCAUCGCCGCCGCCGAUCUUCGAGCGCAACGUGCAGUCGUUGAAGAUGUGCCCCCAUCGCGACUGUCCAGGCCACUGGAUUUCAGACAACUAUACCUGUCCUAUUUUGGACUCAACAAUCGAACUUUUUAGUGACGAGUCGACUCUCAACGCCACAGAGAUCAUCGAGUACCCGCACUCGUCGCUGACGCUUCCUUGUGCGAGGUCGGCCAAGUCAACAAGACAGUCUAGGUCGAGUGUGACCAGCGAGCCAGGGUUUGUGGAAAGGUCGCUCCCCCACAUCCAACGUACAAGAUCUCUCAGUUUCUUCUCUUACUCGGACUUGGUCGAUCACGAGGUGCAGCCACUGCCCCAGGAGCGCGUGUGUUCCGCGAACACGCUUUUGAUGACAAAACAGAGACAGCUAUCAGAACCAAGUCUCUCUUUAGCUUCGUAG